AUGGGAAGGUUUUCUGCACACUUCAUUCUGAAGCUUCUCUGUCUCCUGCUUCCUGUUAACUCCUCACUUUCUUAUUCACUCAAAAACUGCACUGUAGAAUAUCAGGAGGAAUUAUCUGCUGAUGUUUCUUUGAACUGUAUAUCCAGAGGUCUUCUGACUGUGCCCAAUGACCUCCCCAAAAACACUGUUUCAUUAUAUCUAAAUGGCAACUUGCUUGAAAAAAUUAACACAGAUGAUUUUUGUCACGUCUUGAAAUUGAAAACUCUGGUUCUGUUAAACAAUAAAAUUUCUCAUGUCGAUGAUGGAUCAUUUGCCAAUUUAGUUUUGCUGAAGAAACUUGAUGUGGCAAAUAAUUUUCUGACCAACCUGACUAGCAAAAUGUUUCAGGGCCUGUCCAACCUCACUGAGCUUUACCUUAGUUUGAACCGUAUUGAGCUUAUUCAUGAGGCCGCCUUCCAGUUCCUGACAAGCUUACAAACUUUGGAUUUGUCAGACAAUAAAAUUUAUCAGAUUGCUGACAUUCAGCCCAUCUUACAGCUACCAAAAAUACAGAUGCUUAGUCUUACAUGCAACUCAUUUUCUUCCUUUGAGACCAAAGACCUGCAGUUAAAUCACUCCUCAAGUCUGAAAAACCUGAGUGUUUCUGGUUACGACCUCAACAGGUUCAGCAUUGCAACACUAAUAUUUCCUUACCUGCAGAAUUUAGAUCUUUCAACAUGUACAGAUAAUAACAUUACCUUGAACUGGGACAUACCUGACAAAACAUUAUUGGAAAACAUAACCAAAGUUUCUGUUGAAGGUCUUAAGUUUUCCCUCGAAGAGAUCCAAAAAGUCCUGCAGAGUUUCAGCUCACUGAGAUAUCUGUUUCUAAAUAAUUUAACCAUGCGAAUUAAGAGAGGUCUGUUCUCUACAGUCUGCAAAAUAGCAACACUACAGAGGCUGGAUUUGUUUGACCGCAGACUUAACUAUUUAACUUUUGAACUUACACCGUGUUCUCAGCUGACAGAACUUCGCCUGUCCUUUACGUUGAUAUCUGAGCUGCCAAAAGGUUCAAUUCAAUCAAUGAAGAAACUGCGUUUCUUGGAUGUGACUCAAAAUCAACUCACCAAAGUUCCAUAUGACAUAAAAACUCUGAGCUUCCUUGAGAUCUUGAAAAUGGAAAACAAUCUCAUCUCUGCAUUGAGCUGUGAAGAUUUUAUGAACACAAAACAUCUUAGAGAGCUUUCUCUGAACCGUAACAAAAUUACAAAUCUGGAUAGAUGUGUCUUUGAAAAUCUUCCUGAUCUGAGGCGUUUAGAUCUGAGUAACAAUCUGCUGCCGAGGUUUGGAGACAGGUUUAUGAUUUCCCUACAACAGCUCGAGGUUUUGGAUAUGAACCAUAAUUCUAUAAAAACUUUUACGCCAGAUGGUUUUGAAGGUUUAAGGUCUCUGAAACAGUUAAAUGUAGAAUUUCACGUUGGAAAGACAAACAAAAUAUUUAAUGGACUGGAAAACAUGAAAUCUGAUAAUGCAUUACUGGCACCUAAGUCUGAAGUUAAUCUCAGUGUUUUACAAAACCUGGAAAGUCUUACAAUAUACUUUCGAAGUAGUAUUUCUUUGAAAAUGUGUCAAUCUAACAUUUAUAAAAACUUAUUUUCCCUAAAUUCUCUAAAACGUCUUACAAUGAUUUGGAACAUAAAUAUCUAUUUCACGCCACAUGGAAAAUAUAAUAUACUGGAAGAUAUGAAACAUUUAGAGACAUUUACAGCUGAAAAUAUGUUUAGUGAAACUGUAAAUGUGGACACAUUUCAGUUCAACCCUAAGCUCAGGAGUCUGAAAAUAACAAAGACAGUUAUAAAAUAUUUAGAACCUAAAUUAUUUCAACCACUACCAAACCUGGAGAUUCUUGAUCUUUCAGAGUCGAAACUCAAGUCUUUGGAUUUUCUAGUGCAAGCCAAUCUUUCUGCACUCAGAUAUCUGAAUCUGAGGGACAGUGAGGUCACUGUGAUCAACAUGGCUGCCCUGAAUUCUCUCCCCUCUCUAACAUACCUGGACCUGAGCGACAACCCGUUCACCUGUGAAUGUUCAAAUGCAGGUUUCAUCCAAUGGAUAGGACGUAACAAACAAACCCAGGUCGUAAACGCUCAUCAGUACAAAUGUUUAUUUCCUGUAGACAGACGAGGAACCUUGUUACUAGACUUUAAUAUAAAGUCCUGUUGGAACGAUGGCAGCUUCUUUUACUUCAUCUCCAGCUCUUGUCUGGUUGUUCUGACUCUCCUCACCUCCUUCAUCUACCACUUCCUGAAGUGGCAGCUAGCCUACACAUUCCACCUCUUCCUGGCCUUUCUUUACGACAGCAAGAUGAGGAAGAAGGGAGAUCCUCAUCAGUUUGAUGCCUUUGUGUCCUACAACGUCCAUGAUGAGGACUGGGUUUACAGAGAGAUGCUUCCAGUUCUGGAGGGAGAGCAGGGCUGGAGACUCUGUCUGCACCACAGAGACUUCCAACCAGGUAAACCCAUCAUGGAGAACAUCACUGAUGCUAUUUAUGGCAGCAGGAAGACCAUCUGUGUGAUCAGCCGCCACUACCUGCAGAGUGAAUGGUGCUCCAGAGAGAUCCAGAUGGCCAGCUUUCGCCUGUUUGAUGAACAGAAGGAUGUGUUGAUCCUGCUGUUUCUGGAGGAGAUCCCUCCUCAUCAUCUGUCUCCAUACUACCGCAUGAGGAAGCUGGUAAAGAAACGCACCUACCUGAGCUGGCCUCAGGCUGGACAACACCCAGGAGUCUUCUGGCAGAACGUCCAGAGAGCUCUGCAGACAGGAGACGCUCUGACUGAGGACACAGACCUGCUGACCGGACCAACAGUACUGGCUACAAUGGGAAGUUUGUUGUUACAUUAUAUGCAAAAUCUUACCUGUCUCUUGUUUCUAACUAGCCCCUCACUGGCUUAUUCACUGAAAAACUGCAGCAUAAGUUAUCAAGAGAAUUCCUCUGUUGGUGUUUAUUUGCAUUGUGCAGAAAACGAACUCAUCACUGUCCCUGAUGACAUCCCCAGAGAUGCUGCUUACAUAACACUUUUUAAUAAUAUAUUAAUAAAAAUUUACAAGGAAGAUUUUGCUGGCAUGUCAAAGCUGAAAUAUAUGGAUAUUUCUAGCAAUCAAAUCGCUUUUGUGGACAAUGGAUCAUUCGUUGACUUGGUUUCCCUAAAAACACUUGAAAUGUCAGAGAACAACAUCACCUCUUUGACUGGCAACAUGUUUCAAGGUCUUUCCAACCUCACUGUGCUUUAUCUCAGUGGAAACAAGAUUCAGUUCAUUAAUACCUCGGCCGUCCAGUUCCUGGUCAACUUACAAGAACUGUAUUUAGGCAAAAAUAAGUUCCAUCAACUCGCUGAUAUUCAAUUCAUUCUACAACUACCACAAAUACAGAGGCUUGAGCUUAGACGUACUACAUUGUCCUCCUUUGAAACUAAAGACCUGCCACUGAACUCCUCAUCUAGUCUGAAAGAGCUGCUUGUUGAAGGUUUAAACUUCAAAAAGUUCAGCAUCACAACACCAGUCUUUCCUAAUCUCCAGAUGUUAGAUUUUGGUAUAAUUAAAUUUAAUCAUACCAUGAUGUGGGAAAUUCCUGACAAAACCUUACUGAAGAACAUAACAGAUCUGUAUAUUAAUCAACUUGUGUUGUCCUUUAAAGGAAUCCAAAAAGUCCUUAAGAGUCUCGACAAACUGAAAAAUCUUAGAUUGAAUUAUGUACAAAUGUGGAUUAAAAAGGGAUUAUUAUCUACAGUCUGCAAAAUACCAACUAUGAGGAAACUGGAAUUGCAUAAUAUCAAAUGGAACAAUUGGACUUUGAAUCUUGCACCUUGUUCUCAGCUGACAGAACUUAACCUGCAAACCACUUACAUAUCUGAUCUUCAAACAGGUUUCAUACAAUCAUUGAAGAACCUGCGUUCCCUAAUUUUGGUCAACAACCAACUGACCAAAGUUCCACCUGGCAUAAGGAGCCUCACUCUCCUUGAGAUCUUGAGUAUGGAUUCAAAUGUUAUCUCUCAGUUGACCUGUGAGGAUUUUGUGAACAUGACACAUCUUACAGCGCUUUCCCUAAGUAGUAACCAUAUAAUAAAACUGGACAAAUGUGUGUUUAAAAGUCUGACUGAACUAAAGUUUUUAGAUGUGAGCAACAAUCUGCUGCAAACAUUUGAAGACACAUUCAACGUUUCCCUCCAUAAGCUAGAGAUCUUGGAAAUUAGCCACAACCCUCUGAUAACUCUAGGAAUGGGGGAUUUUCAAGGUUUAAAGUCGCUAAAACAACUGGAUGUAACAUCCAUGUCUCUUGAAAAGUUGACCUGUAAAACAGUUCUAGGACUAAACAACCUUAAAGCGCUUACUGUAUUUCUUCCAAGAGAAUCUGAGAUCGACUUCAGAGAACUAAAACACAUAGAAAUGAUCACAAUCUACACAAAUGCUGGCAGCGCUUUCAAAAUUCCUCAACUAACCAGUUAUGAAGCCCAAACUCACUUAACAUUUUUGAAAAGUCUCACAGUAAUUAACAGUGGCACUUCAUUUGCGCUACCAAAGCAGAUGUUUCAGAUUUUUAAACACCUGGAAUAUUUUAAGGCUAACAGAGUUUAUGGUAAUCCUCCUGAUGUGGACACAUUUCAAUUUAAUUCACAGCUCAAGACUCUGAUAUUUGCAGAUUCAGAUUUAUCACAUUUGAAUCCUGGACUGUUUCUACCAAUCCCAAACCUGGAGAUUCUUGGUCUCUCUUUGUCUAAGUUCAAGUCUUUGGAUUUUCUGGCACAAGCCAAUCUUUCUGCACUCAGAUACCUGGAAGUGACUGACAAUGAGAUCAAUGUGAUUAAUGAGACUGUGUUCCAGUUUCUCCCCUCUCUAACAUACUUGAACCUGGACAAUAACCCGUUCAUCUGUAAAUGCUCAAAUGCAGGUUUCAUCCAGUGGCUAAAGGGCAACAAGCAAACACAGGUGGUAAACGCUUAUCGGUAUAAAUGUUCCUUUCCUGUGGACAAACAAGGAACCUUGUUACUAGACUUUGAUAUCAAGUCCUGCUGGAACGAUGGCAGCUUCUUUUACUUCAUCUCCAGCUCUUGUCUGGUUGUUCUGACUCUCCUCACUUCCUUCUUCUACCACUUCCUGAAGUGGCAUCUAGCCAACACUUUCCAACUCCUCCUGGCCUUUCUCUACGACAACAAGAUGAGGAAGAAGGGAGAUCCUCAUCAGUUUGAUGCCUUUGUGUCCUACAACGUCCACGAUGAGGACUGGGUUUACAGAGAGAUGCUUCCAGUUUUAGAGGGACAGCAAGGCUGGAGACUCUGUCUGCACCACAGAGACUUCCAACCAGGUAAACCCAUCAUGGAGAACAUCAGUGAUGCCAUUUAUGGCAGCAGGAAGACCAUCUGUGUGAUCAGCCACCACUACCUGCAGAGUGAAUGGUGCUCCAGAGAGAUCCAGAUGGCCAGCUUUCGUCUGUUUGAUGAACAGAAGGAUGUGUUGAUCCUGCUGUUUCUGGAGGAGAUCCCUCCUCAUCAUCUGUCUCCAUACUACCGCAUGAGGAAGCUGGUAAAGAAACGCACCUACCUGAGCUGGCCUCAGGCUGCACAACACCCAGGAGUCUUCUGGCAGAACGUCCAGAGAGCUCUGCAGACAGGAGACGCUCUGACUGAGGACACAGACCUGCUGACCGGACCAACAGGUCGCUGA